AGAUCAGUUGUCAACUGAGUGUUUCGUAUGAGUGAUUACAAAAUUUUAUAUUUUUUUAUUCAAUUAUGCGUAUAGUAUAUACUAAUUAGAACGUGUGAAAAAUAGUACUUUAAAUUACUGUGGUUAUUUAGUUUGUGAUGGAUCGGAUCCUUCGUUAUCAUUAAGUACAGUGGUUGACAUUGAUGUGUUUACGGACUGUAAAAUGUGCAUUGAAAUCAGUUUGCACACCCGCAUCACAACCAUGGUGUGUGUACGGUGACGAGUGCAGCCAACUCAAUUCCGACAUUACUUAACAAAAGAUGUUACUUUAAUAAACAUUAACAUGUGACUUUUACUGUGAUGUGACGGUUUACACACCUCAAAGUAAUCAGUGCCUUAGACUUUUUAUACUUGAUAUUGAAUUUUAUACGCAUGCUGUCCAAUGGAUUCCGAAACUGCAACAACCAGUAACGUAAAAGUAAACAAACGGGAGCGCAAAAAUGAAAAGAAAAAGAAAGUUGAUAAAUGCAAAGAGGAGAAGUCUGAUGAAGUGUGUCGAGAGAUGAGCGCGCCGGCGCCGGCGUACGAGGACAGCUCAGCCAGUUCCACCGACAGCGACGAGCUCGUCAACGCUAUCAACUACAACACCAUCACAUCGCUGGCCGCGCUCAAGGACAUCAUCCAGGGCGAUAACAACGACACGCCCGAAACUGAUAGCUUCUUCCAGCAUUACUUUAUGAACCAUUGUAAUAAUCUUUCCAGUUUAAAUCCGAAUUCUAGCUCCACCUUCCCUUUUACGGAACGCCGCCGUCUAUCCCAGUGUCGAGAGGAAGAUGAAGAUGACGAGAAGAAAGACCAUGAACUAGCGCUUUCUUCAUUAUCCUCCGAUAGCGCUUCACAUAGUAGUAUAGCAAAUACAUCAAAAAAUCACAAAUCUAGAGAUUUAGUUGACAACACGCAUCACAACGAUAAAGUAAAUUCGAUGGACAUUUUGUCUGAAAGUCGUGACACCUCCGGUGAAGCAGUUGGUCCACCAAAACGGACAGUAAUGGGUGCUCGUCACAAAUUUUUAGUAACGACUGCGGAACCUCCGCCGCCUUCUGCCGUCGUAGAAAAAGCGCUCCGAUCACAAGUCCACAAUGCGCAUACCGUACAUUUUGGCACCAAGGGUGCGGAAGAGAUAAGGCCUAGUGUGCGUUCUAUUUUCGCUGGCCAGAAUCUCCAUCAUGAUAAGAAAUAUUUCGAUAGCAGUCUCAUAGAAAUUAGAUCUACGGUGGAUGAAUCACCAACGAGUUCUGAAGAUAUAUGGGUUAAGAGAAGUGAAGAAAAAGAAAAGGAGGAGUCGAGAAGUAACACGGGAGAAUCAGUAAAAGAUGGCAAUAUCGUUUCACCUGCCUCUAUCAGACGGAAAUCACAAAUGCGAGAUCGCUCCGGUACGUGGGGCUCCCAGGGGACCCGAUUUGAGAAAGAACCCGCGAAGAAAACACAAUAUCGCAAAGACAAGGAAGUCCGGCGCAGUAGUGACGACAGGCGGCAAAAACGAGAGCAACGGCUGGAUGCGGCGAUCACGCGCAGCACGCAGUCCGUCGGGGAGCGCAAGCGGCGCGGCUCCCAGGACGACGGGCAGCCUCACCCCAUGUACCAGCAGACCAUACACGGUACAACCGGGGUGAGCCGCAGGCCGGCGCUGUUCGACAUGUUCAAGACGAAGCCGCGCGGCGACACCAAGAAGCAGCCUUCCAUCAUAAAGCAGGUGAAGGCUGCUGUGCAGAUCAUGACGAAGACUACCCCGAGCAAAGACGCGAGUAAACCCGAGGAGGCAAAGACGGAGGCAGGCCCGUCGGCGCCCGGCACGCCCGCGGUCAAAGCGCGCGACGGCUCCGCGCACCCGCACCCCGGCAGCGACACUAGGUACUACCACACCGUGACUGCGUCAGCCACGAGGCGGCCGAGCGCGAUGACCAAGAUGAUGGACAUCUUCCGCGGCCGAGCGUCCGUGCCCGGACAGGCGGUGCCGCUAGAUGGCGCUGAAAAGAAAAAAGCGAGGACGCUACAACAGCAGCAGCAUUUUGCCGGCCAUUUGCGACGCGCGGCAUCGCAGGAGGCCGAAAAGCGAAGAGCAUCGCUCGGCACCGUAACCACUCGCCACCGCGCCUCGGACGCCUUCCUCGACCCGCACCACGCGGCUAUACUAUUCCGAGAUUCCAGAGGGCUACCAGUCGCAGAUCCGUUUUUGGAAAAAGUCAGUCUUUCAGACUUAGAAGAGGACGAGUCUCAGAUCUUCGUGAAGUUCUUCAAGUUUCACAAAUGCUACGACCUCAUCCCCACAUCCGCGAAGCUUGUGGUUUUCGACACUCAGCUGCUUGUCAAGAAGGCAUUCUUCGCACUCGUAUACAACGGCGUCCGCGCGGCACCGCUGUGGGACUCGCAGAAGCAGAAGUUCAUCGGCAUGCUGACCAUCACGGACUUCAUUAAAAUCCUGCAGAUGUACUACACCAGCCCCGACGUGGCCAUGGAGGAGCUCGAGGAGCACCGUCUCGAGACCUGGAGACAGGUUUUAAAAGGUUCGUCUCUGGUGUCGAUCGGGCCCGACUCGUCGCUGUACGACGCCAUCCGCAUCCUCAUCUCCAACCGCAUCCACAGGCUGCCGGUCAUCGACCCCGAAACUGGCAACGUGCUCUACAUACUGACACACAAGAGGAUAUUGAGAUUCCUUUUCCUUUACAUAAAUGAGUUGCCGAAACCGUCAUACCUGCAGUGCAAGGUGCGCGAGUUGCAGAUCGGCACGUUACGAGACAUCGAGACGGCGACGGAGGACACGUCCAUCAUCGACGCGCUCAGCAAGUUCGUCAACCGGCGCGUGUCCGCGCUGCCGCUCGUCGACGCCGACGGCCGCCUCAAGGACAUCUACGCCAAGUUCGAUGUCAUUAAUUUAGCUGCAGAAAAAACUUACAAUAACUUAGAUGUGUCCCUCAAGACGGCAAAUGAACAUCGAAACGAGUGGUUCGAAGGUGUUCAGAAAUGUACGCUGGACGAAACGUUAUACGAGGUCAUGGAAAGGAUAGUGCGGGCCGAGGUGCAUCGUUUAGUAGUCGUAAAUGAGGAAGACAAAGUAGUUGGCAUUAUAUCUCUUUCGGACUUGCUAAUGUAUCUUGUCCUGAGGCCUACGGGCGAGUGCGGCGGCAGUGGCACUAGCCUGCGCAAUGAACACUCUAUCGAAGAACAAGACGAAAUCAACGGUCGGGAGGCUAACGCCGUGGAAGCGGAAGAAGUGGAGGCUGGCGCGGCCGACGACGGCGCAGGGGGCGACGACGAGCCGGCCGGCGCCGACGCGGGCCCCAACGCCGACGCCGACCUCGUCCGCGACCGCGACCCGGCCCUGGUCGAAAGCGACACCGGACCGAGCAGCAUUGAACGCCAGCAUCAGUAAAGCCAAUGUGAUUUAUUUUCAUGUAGUUAGCUUAAGUAUCGUACUAUUAGAGGCAUCGCUUCUGAUUGCGAUUGUCGAGCGGUGAUGACUGUUUACAAAACGGUUGUGAUGUGAUCGAUUGUAUCUAUUUGACAGUUGCUUAUGAUCGUCGCCCGUCUUCAUUACUUUUUGAUACAAAUGGUUUACCCUUUACUAAUAAAAAAUGUAUUUAUGUGUAUACGAACAAUAUAUAAAUUUAACAAUGAGCGCCUCGUUUAAUCAACUUUACAAUCCAAAAAAUAUGACAAAACACAACUAUGUAAAGAUGUAGCGAACAGGUAUAUUAAACUUUACAAACUUAUUUAUAAAACCCUAGAGGUGUAUUGCUUAGGCAUCGUAGCUUGCAGAUAGUUAAAUAAGUAAAUGUACCACUACAAGUACAUAACGUAAUUGUAAACAACAAUGAAAUCGGUACAAGGUUUGUUUCAUUUUUACAAAAUAGUCAUUAUCUUUUUCCCUUUAAUAAAUUAAUUGUCUUUGUAACAAAUUGUGUCUCCAAUGAAUUAAUCUGUAUGUCAGCAGUGACAUAUUUGAAAAGUAGAACUAGUAGUUUUAUGAAAGUAGAACAGCUGUAGAAUGGUAAUUGUGAAUAGUAUUUGUAGAUUGUAACGUUUAUUGAAUAAGGCCCAGGUCGCAUCUCUUUUUGUAUAAUUAUACAUAUUUUGUAGCUGCAUAUUAUAUUUUUAUUUUAGAUUUUAUUUUUUAGUACGUAGGGUGGUUUUUAUGUAUAAUUCAUUUCAUUUCUGCUUAGAUGGCUCAGCUGGAGUGUCUCCUUUUUGUUUAGUUUUAAUUAUGGUCAGUUGGCAUCAUCGCCUCCAGCGCUGACCGGGAGAGCGCUCGCUACUAUAGCACUUUGUACAUGUUGCAUGACAAUAAGUAACAUUUCAAUGUUGUAUAAAGUUUGUUCAAAUAAUCUAUUCGAAAUCAAACUGAGUUUUGUACGCUUGCACGUUUACAUACUGAUACAGUUCGACAAAAUAAAUUCGUUAGUUUUAGAUGCCAGUAAUGGACAGUGCAAUGAUAUGUAUUGGCCUGCUAGCCUGUCACGCCUUUUAGUUACUGUAGGUAGUAGGAAUCUACGUUUUUUUUUUUGAAUCUGCAUAGCGUUGAAACAAAAAUUUCAGAGGUCCCGGUGUUAGGCCAGGAGGAGGUCAUUAAUGGUUUCCAUAUAAAGUUCACUAAAUGUAUAAAUAUAAACUUUAAUUUCUUUAUCUUGAAUUUAAAUGUAAGAAAACUAACGUCAAUUAGGUUAUAUUAUUUAUCUACAUUCAGAGACAAAACUAUUUGUUAGAAUGUUGGUAUUGUGUGCGUGUGAUACAACCGGAGAACUUGUUUAUAAUAAUUAUAAUGUAUUUCAUUAAUUUCAGUUCACACUAUUUACUGAAGCCAAAUACAAUCAACCUAUAAUUAAGAUUUAUACAGGGUGGCUAAAAAAUAACUGCAUUCCCGUUGCCAUGGAGGUUUUGGGAUUAUACUGAGCAACAUGGGAGAUUUACUAUGGGACUUAUGGACACAUUUUGGCUGGUCCAUUUUCUAUGGGAGGGUAAUUUUUUUUUCGCGAUUUUGUGGUUGGUCCGAUUGUAAAAGUUGGUCAGUAUAAUCCCAAAACCUCCCUGGCAACGGGAAUGCAGUUAUUUUUUAGCCACCGUGAAUAUUUGAACGGGUUAGAAAGCUGCGUAGAAUUAAUAGAUUCACUGCCAGCGCGAGCUACGCGCUACGUUCGUAGCGUAUCGGCUACACGGGAAACCCAUUUGUAGCGAAAAGCGCCUACGGACAGGGAACCCACCUAGCGGGUCGCUGGCAGUGAAUAUGUUAAUGUUUGUUGCUAUAACCACAAACGACAAACAGAUAGAUGUAAUCGAAGAUAAUAACUAUUACGUAAAUGGAACCGGACCGUAGUAGGCUAAGUCUUGCUUCGGGUUCGUUUGCUGUGAUUGGCCCUUUACUAGAGUCUAUUUUAGCCGGUCGGCUCGCACACGCAAUUUACGCUCAGCUGCGAGACAUUGUUGUCGACGGCAUUCCCAGAAAGGGUUCGUUGCUGCAGGACACCACUUUUAUUUUGCUUGUCGUUUGUAGUUAAUUGUUGAUAACACGUAAGCAUCUCAUGUCGUCAAAAUCUUCAGGAUAUCUGUAAUCAUUUGGGAACUGUAAACUUGUUUUUAGUGUAGCAAGUUGCUAAUCAUAUAUCUACCGGAAAAUAUAUGUCGAUGUUUAUC